AUGGCCCCCCUGUACAAAAAGGCCCUUGUCCUGGGCGCAUCGUCGGGCAUUGGAGCCGCCCUCGCAGCAAAGCUCAUCGAGACCGGAACAAAGGUCAUUGUCGUCGGCCGCCGCAAAGACCGGCUCGAUGCCUUUGUGGAGGCGCACGGCUCGGAUAAUGCGAGCGCCGUGGCUUUCGACGUAACAAAUCUCGCUGGCGUCAGGGCCUUUGCUGACGAGGUCAUCCGCUCCAACCCCGACCUCGACUGUGUGGUUGUCAACUCUGGCAUUCAGCGGGGCUUCGACUUUUCGAAGCCCGAGACGGUGGAUCUGGAUGUACUUGGAGACGAGAUCACGACAAACUACACUUCUGCUGUUUACUUGACGACCGCAUUUCUUCCUCACCUCAAGAAGCAGACGCAGGGACACCUCGUAUAUGUCAGCGCCACCCUCGGGUUGAUCCCAUCCAUGAUCCGGACCCCGAACUACAAUGCCUCUAAGUCUGCACUUCACACAUUUAUCCUCAAUGUGCGGCAGCAGCUCCGCGAGGGAGGGUGCUCCAACGUGCGCAUGGUAGAGGUUUUCCCGCCUGCUGUGCAGACCGAGUUGCAUGAUGAGCACCACCAGCCGGAUCUCGUCAAUGGCGGGGAGAUCGGCAUGCCGCUGGCAGAGUAUACUGACAAGAUGUACGACGGUUUGGUCAAGGGCGAUGAUCAGUUUGCCAUUGGACCGGGUGAGAAUCUUCUCAAGGAGGGCGGAUGGGAGCAUCAGCGAACGCAGCUGUAUGAGGCUGGCCAGCAGGUUCUGAAGGGUUCGCUGGCCAAGUAUCUGAAAAAGUAA